AUGUCUGGUCAACGGGUCAACUUGGACAAAUGCACGGUUUGUUUUAGUCCAAAUACUAAUGCUGCUAGUCGUGCUAUGAUUGGUGGUUUGCUCAAGAUGAAGGUGGUGACACAAUUUGACGGUUACCUUGGGUUGCCUCUUCUGAUUGGGAAAAAGAAGUCCGCGGCUUUCAAAAGCAUUCUAGAUCGGGUUGCCAAUAGGACCAACAGCAGGUCUAAGAGACUUUUAUCUAAUGGUGGCAACGAAAUUUUCAUUAAAUCGAUUCUUCAGUCGAUUCCUACGUAUGCCUUUUCGGUCUUUUUGGUUCCUAAUGGUGUCUUGGAGGAGCUUCAAGCUAUGAUCGGCCGUGUGUGGGAUCUUAGAUGUUUUAAUGUGGCGUUGUUGGGCAGAAAAGUGUGGCGCCUCAUUAGCUGUAGGGAUACGCUUUGUUAUAAAGUCCUUAGUGCUAAAUAUUUCCCAGACGGUGAUGUCUUGCGCUCUAAACGGAUUGACAAGCCUUCUUUUGCGUGGAAGAGUAUUGUGAAGGCGGCUAGCAUUUUGUAUGAUGGCUUUGGCUGGAAUGUGGGCAACGAGAGUAAGAUAGACAUUUGGAAUGAGAACUGGGGCUUGAGGGAUUAUUGA